UCAUCGCGAGAAGAGAAGAAAAAAAACACAAUUUUUUCCUCCUCCGUCGUCUUUUUACAUCAAAAUUUAAUGCACAUCUCGGUGCUGCUGCUGUGUACUUUCAGCUUGCGCGUACGCGAACCCAAAAAAAAAAACGAGUACAGAGCUCUUGCAGAGGAAGGAAGUGAAGUGAGCAGGAAAUCUGGCAGGAAAAAUCGAAUUUUUCCCUGCGCUGAAAAUUAGACAUUUUAUUUUUUCUUGCGUUGACCACAUCCGGGCGGCGUAACCGUGUUGGGGCUGCUGUUUUGUGUGGGCUUUUCCGUGCUGUGCCUGUGCGCCGCAGCAGCUGUGACCUUUGGCAUUCUCCGGGACUGGAUUCCUGCCCAGCUUGCUCCGUGGAGGGCGGCCAUCCGUGACGGAACGACGACGAAGGCGAAGGAAAUGGGCGAGCACGGUGUGGUGGAGCAGCCGGAAGAUGCUGGCGCUGCUGGAUCCGGAACGGCGUCGUCGUCUUCCGAGCAGGAACAGCUGCGCGAAAUCUGCCAGCUGCUGUGGGGCACCUCGGUCCGGCAGGAGGUGUUCCGGCGGUGGUCCCAGGGCUUCGAGUUUAGCGCUGGCGAACCGGCGGCCCUGGUCCAGCGGGACGGCGGUCCGUGUUGUGUAAUCGCACCGGUGCAGGCGUACCUGCUCAAGAUUCUGCUGAUGGAGACUCCCGGACACAGCUUUAGUGAUCUGACCCCGGACAAGUGCAAAACGCUGCUCAUCCAGGCCAUCUGCCAGAUCCUGAUGAAGUGCAAGUCGUCCAAGUACCGGAUCGUGAGCCUGAAAGCGCGCCAGUCGGGAGCCACUGCCGGAAGUUCGUCAGCCGCGGCCGCGGCCCUUCCCGUCGCGGAGGAGGACGGCGACGCCGAAAUGGUGGACGCCCUCGAGAAUCUUCCACCGGCGAGCGGCGGCGGCGCCGAAGACGUCGAGCUGGGACUGGACGCGGCGACCGCUGCGGACGUUUCGGGCACUUCCGGCGCGCGGUCCGAACCGUGGACGCCGGAAGCGUUCCACGAGCGGCUCUGCGUCACCGAGCUCGACUCGAUCGACGACGUGGAAAAGUAUUACUCGGAGCAGUUCCCGGUGCUCGCGGACGAGUGCGGCGUGCUGCUCCUGCUGUACACCGUGCUGCUGACCAAGGGUCUCGAGUGCGUGGUGAGUGAGGUCUCGGACACGUCGGAACCGCUGAUACACGGCACGUACGGGUACGGCAGCCAGGCGCUGAUCAAUCUCAUGCUGACCGGACACGCCGUUCCCUACGUCUGGGACAACGAGCAGGACGUCGGCGGGCUGAAGCUGAAGGGCAUCACACAGCAGUCGGACAUCGGCUUUAUCACGCUGAUGGAGCAGAUGCAGUACUGCACGGUCGGCUUCUUCUACAAGAACCCCAAGUGUCCGGUCUGGGUGAUGGGCUCGGAGACGCACCUGACGGUGCUGUUCAGCAGCGAGAGGCGCCUGGUGGCGCCGGAAACGCCCAGCGAGGUGGCGCGGCGCGUCUUCCGGCAGUUCGACACCGAGGGGAGCAACUUUAUCCCGAGCCCGCUGCUGCAGGACGUGCUGUGCGCGCUGGAUCUCGUGAGCGAGCCGGAAUACGUGGACCUGAUGCGCAAGAAGCUGGACCCGGAGUGCCUCGGCAUCAUCCUGCUGAACGACUUCAUGUACGAGUUCUUCCCGACGGAGAAGAAGUCGAUGCCGGACACGUUCGACCUGCUGCACUACAACGGCAUCCCGAACUCGAACGGCGAGAACCGGGUGCGCUUCAACAAGGGCCACGCCAUCCUGCUCGAGAGCGACGUGCGGAUGUGCAACCCGUCCGAUCCGAUGCUGACCUGCCUGCAGACCAAGUGGCCCAACAUCGAGGUCAACUGGGCGAACGCGCGGACGCCGUCGCUGAAUUGACCAGAUUCGUCGUCGCCCGUGCCGCUACGCGUUGUUACUGUUUGAGCGCUACUCUUACUUCUAGGGAGGACAGAGUGAAGGAGGAGGAGGAGGAACAAUAAGAUUGCAGGGGAGGAAGAAAGUUAAGUUAUUUGAAAGGAGAAAAAGAGAGAAAUACGAACGCUUUUACACACGGACCGAUGUGUACCGGCGUCAGAACCCUAGAGAUCGUAACAAUCCCAAAUAACUGGCAGUCACAGUUUAGAAUAUGAAGCUCUCACAGACUCACACUCACAGGCAACCAAUCACACAAAAGGAAAAACUAAUCUCUUGCAGCAGUAAACUGAAUGAAAAGAAGUAAAAAAAUAAUGUUUUAAACCGGCACACGCGACACAAUCGUGAAAUUAACAGUUUUAGCUUGUUUUUUUUAUAAUUAAAAUUUGCUCUGACAGUAGAACACAUAAAUUAGCACUUGGAAGGCCGCUUUGAAACUCCUGUUUUUCCCCCUUUCUCUCUCAACAAUAGAACAAUAGAACCAGUUCAAUAAAACUCAAACCAAAUAAGAUUUAAAAAAAAAAGAAGCCAUCAAUGAAUCACAGAUCACACAAACACAGAUUGUUCCGCGUGUUUAUGGAUAUUUUCCCCGGUGUUUUCAAGAUCCUCUGCCCUCUUCAUCCCAGAAAAUGCUUCCAGCGAAGAAGCGAUCCCCCAGAAUAACACAAUUCCAAACCAAUUUACAAAAAAAAAAAAAACAAAAACAAAAUUCUCACAGACAAACGUAGCUGAAGAAUCGAUUCGACAACAACCCCCUCUCUCUCCUCUUUUUAGUAGAGAAGGCAAAUUCGCGUAAACGAAAUCAAAGAUACUGUGUACCCGAGUGGAAUGAUCGAAAAUAUAUAUGAUUAACUAAUAUCUAA